AUGAGCGCCUGCGAGAAGGGGCGGCUCUGGUCCCAGGCACUCAGGCUUCUCGUGCGCAUGUGGACUUCUGAGAUCACCCCCGAGGUUGUCACAGUCACCGCUGCCCUGGGGGCCGUGGCUUCUAGCGCCAAGUGGGAGAAGGCGCCAGCUGUGGCUUCUCUCUGCGGCGGGACCUUCUCCCAGAGACUGGGAACUUCGUGGACAAUGGCCUUGGCAUUGCUGGACAUGGGUGAGCUCCAGCCGAGCAUCGCGGCCUUCCGCUCCGCACUGGCCGCUGCAGAGCUCGCCGGAGAGCCCGUGGCCGCCCGCUUCGCCGAGGUCGGCCUUUGGAGAAGAACGGCACGGGGAGAGGGGCGCAGUGCUCCCAAGCACCGAGGCGAGUAUGCUGGUGCUACGUCGCAGCUGCAGGCUUCCGGGACACCUCUCGCGGGGCGCCUGCUCUGUGGCAGCGCCUCCCAGGUCUUGGCGGCUCUCCAAGGCGGUGGCACUUCGGCAGCACGCGACUUCUACGAUGUCGGGAGUCUAAAUGCACGCCUGGCCACAGAGCGUGGUGGUCAGGGGCCCAAUGCUGGGCAGGAGGUAGCUCCCUGGGCUCACAGCGCCCGUCGGGCGCUGGCGUCGGCUCUGCCCUCGCCUGCGCCUGCAGCGGCGGCAGCGGCACAGCUGGCGGCCUGGUGUGAGGCCGAUCUGGCCUUGCCAGCGCGGCGAGGGUCCUGGCUGCAGCAAGCGUUGGCGUUCCUGCAAGAUCUGCAGCAGAUGGUUUCUGCGAAAAAGCGGUGUGGCAUGAUUUGA